AUGCUGCCCACCACGCUGGUGAGCCCGGGGAGCCAUGGCAACGGGGCGCUGGGCCCGCGGGACGCGGCGCGGCACACGGCCGGCGCCAAGCGCUACAAGUACCUGCGCAGGCUGCUCCACGUACGGCAGAUGGACUUCGAGUUCGCCCUCUGGCAGAUGCUGUACCUCUUCACCUCACCCCAGAGGGUGUACAGGAACUUCCACUACAGAAAGCAGACGAAGGACCAGUGGGCAAGAGAUGACCCUGCUUUCUUGGUUCUUCUCAGCAUCUGGCUCUGCGCAUCCACUGUAGGAUUUGGUUUUGUGCUGGACAUGGGUUUUUUUGAAACAAUAAAGCUGCUACUUUGGGUUGUGUUCAUAGACUGCGUGGGCGUUGGCCUCCUGAUUGCAACUCUGAUGUGGUUCAUUUCCAACAAGUACUUGGUGAAGCAGCAGAACAGGGACUAUGAUGUGGAGUGGGGAUAUGCCUUUGAUGUCCACCUGAACGCUUUCUAUCCUCUUCUCGUCAUUCUGCAUUUUAUCCAACUGUUCUUCAUCAACUAUGUCAUCAUCUCGGAUUCGGUGGUGGGGUACUUUGUUGGGAACACGUUGUGGCUGAUAGCCAUCGGCUACUACAUCUACGUGACAUUCCUGGGGUACAGCGCGUUGCCCUUCCUGAAGAACACAGCCAUCCUUCUGUACCCAUUUGCCAUUCUCAUCCUGCUCUACUUGAUCUCAUUAGCGUGUGGAUGGAACUUCACCAAGAUGCUUUGUUCCUUUUAUAAAUACAGAGUGAAAUAAAACCAGGGCUUCAUGUACGUAACGUUUGUUUUCUUUUUAUCUUGGCUGUCUAACAGUAAAGAAAAAGUUAAGAACAUUUUGUAAAUGGUUGUAAAUUUCUCUUUAUUGUAGAUAACUGUGUAAAAAAAAGUUUGAAGUGUCCUUUUUUUAUUAAAAUAUUUAC